GCCUUCUCCUGUACAAGCCCCGCCUUCUCCUGUACAAGCCCCGCCUUCUCCUGUACAAGCCCCGCCUUCUCCUGUACAAGCCCCGCCUUCUCCUGUACAAGCCUCGCUUUCUCCUGUACAGGCCCCUCCCUCUCCUCUAGAAUCCCCGCCUUCACCGGCUCAACCAUCUCUUAUACAGGCAUCCACUAACCCAGUACAGGCUCAAAAGGCCCAUACAUCCUCUGAAUGGGCUUCAUCCUCACCGCAACGGGAUCCUACUCCUGAACAAGCUCCUCCUCCUGAACAGGCUCCACCUUCUCCUCUACAUGCUCCACCUUCCCCUGAACGGUUCCCAGUUCCACUUUCAACGUCAUGUGCUUCACCCACCACCACAGAGGAGAAACUCAUCUGUCCUCCACUCAAUUUUUCGUCUUCGCAAGCGUGUCCACUCUCUCCUAUUAAGGUCUCAACCUCACCUUCACAUUCUCCACCCUGCAGCCCGCUUCCUGCUGCAUGUAAUUCAAGAGAGGCUUCAGCUGCCGGCUCUACUCACAGUCCUUCCCAGCACAGAUUUCCAGAGCCUAUGAUGAGGGUUUCACUGACCCGUUGCAAUCCUCCCUCACCCAGCACUGACUACACCAUCUCCAGUCAGACCCAACAGAGUGCUGGGAAGGACAGCCCUUUGAAUCCCCCCUCAAGUCUUACUGUCACAGAGGUCCAGCUUGUGUCUGAAGAGACGGAGGCCAUGGCCGUUACUGCCAUGCAACACGGUGGGACUCCACACAGCCCUACACAGCCCAGGCCUUGCUCCAUGGCCGUUGAGCUCAGUGCUGUAGACGGGGAGCACAGCCCCACGUCACACACACUUUCAAAGGAAAGUUCUAUCCUCAGUAGCCCCUCUAAUCUGAAUAUCACACAAUCUGACCUUGGUGCACAAUGUAGUCUAGUGGUGUCUGCUCCGUCUUCACCAAUCCCUUCAUCACCAGAGCACCGGCCCACAGAAGAUCUUACACUGGACCAGCGGAGCCCUGAAUCAAGUAUUCCCACUCAGAAUGCUGCCCCUAGCCCAAUGUUGGAUCAGGCUGAACAGGACAUUUCUGCACUGGACAGGGGAAGCGUUUCACCCACCUACUGUAGUCCGACUCUCUCGUUAAGAACCCAAGCGGUCCGAACGGCUCUUUCAGCUCCGUGUAGCCCCUCCCACUCACCUCUUAGACCCACACAAUGUAGUUGGUCACAGCCUGCUAGCCCUGCACAGCUUAGUGCUACACCUCGAAGUGCAAAAGAAAAGCGCUCUGCAGAACUGAACACGCUGGCUCCAGGCUCUUUAACGACUAGUCCUAGCCAUGAAAACCAAACACUGGAAAGUAAUCUUGCCAAUCUUAACCCUGCUCUCGACCUGCCUACCGCCUCCUCCCCAGUUAGCUCUCCCACGCCGAGCCCUGUUAGCCUUGAAGACUCUAGUUUACUUCCUAACCCUGCAUUGCCCACUUCUGAAGACAUUGACCAGGGUACAACCUCAAAAGAUCUGGACAGCCAAGCUGGCUCUACUGAAUCUAUAGAAAUAAUGAAUAUCCUGGCACCAGCUAGCCCAGCAACAGAAGGUUCUCAUGUCAGCCCCACUCAUGUCUCUGCCCCUGCUGCUCCCAGCCAUGCUAGCGAAAUGCCCGCUGCACACUCUACUGCUAGCAUUAGUUCUGCCCAAGACUCUCCUGCUGCCACCACUGUCCAUAUGAGCCCAACGCAUCAAGCUAGUGCCUCACCACUGUCAAAAAGUCCCUCCCCCUCAACCGACACUCAGGAUGAGCAGUUUGAUAUACCUGUAGCCACCCACUGUCCUUCUGAUUCAAUACAAGAUAGCCUUAUCCAUUGUAGUUCCCCUCAGGCCAGCCCUGUCCAUUCAAAUUCAUGUUGUGCUAGCCCAAUCACCAACGACGCUGAUGCUGGAACCACACACUUGAGUUUCUCAGAGGCUAGUCCUUCACACCAUCAGACUAGCUCAAGUCCAACUCUUGUCAGUACAAGUGAGAGUGUUUCUGUUGAUAGCCUCACACAUUCACAAGCCAACUGCAGUUCCACACAUGCCAAUCAGGGAGAAGGUAGUCCCAUGGCUGCACCAACUGGCUUCAGUCCAAUGUCCACAGAUACCAACCUUGUCCAUAAUCCCGCAAGUGAUACAAGUCCUGUUUCCAUAUCCAUUUCUUGCCAAACACAAGUAAGCCCAGUAAUCACCAGUUGUGCAAUCAUCACCCCAAGUGUGGCUGGGUCCAGCCAUUCUGCCCACUCUAGUCCCCCCCAUGAUCACUCCAGUCCGCCGCAUUCUAGCCUGUGCCAUGCACAUAGUCCCCAGCAGGCGGACUCAACACAUUGCAGUCUUCCAAAUGCUAGCCCUGCGCACAGUCCAGUGCACACCAAUGAAACCUGUGCUAGCCCAGCACGUAGCCCCUUUGAGACCAGUGAACCCUGUGCUAGCCCUAAGCUUGCUCCACCGUACACCUCUGAUCCCUGCACCAGCAGCAGACAAAGUCCCGUCCGCAGCGAGGAACCCUGUGCUAGCCUCUCGCAAAGUCCAACACACGCCAGUUAUCCUCGCGAAAGCCCUGCUCCCAGUCCUCUGCCCACAGGGGGAUCCUGCAGGAGCCCUAUGCACUCUGCUCCAGCCAGUCCUCUUCAGGUACACCCCCAAUCUGUUGAAAGUACAGACUGUUUCAGCCACAGAGGCUCGACACCGCCCAGCCCCUUGCACCACGACAACUCUACUGUUAGCUCAAGGCCAAUAAGUCCUCCACAAACACAGCAAACCUUGGUUACAGAGGCCCAGGACCUAAUUGCGACCACAAGUACCCCUCCUGGAAGUCCUGCUGGCCCUGUCCUGCCCUGUUCCUAUGACGGCUUCGCUCAGGCGGCUACAUGCCACACUGGCCCUGUCGGUGCUAGGUCACCACCGGUUUCACCGCUCCAUGAUCGCCCUGUCCAUGCUGGUUCCACUCCGUCAACCCCCGUCACCACUAGCCCGGUCGACGCUAGUCCUCUUCGUUCUAGCCCAGUCCAUGCCACAUCUCCUCAGACUGCCUCCAUCCAUGGUAGCCCUGUCCAUGAAAGUACCUCUCCGUCUAGAUGCAUCAAUGCCAGUUCUGUCCACGGUGGUUCUCUUGAGUCCGGCUCAACCCAAGCUAGCCCUGUCCAUUGUAGUUUCCCUCAGUCUAGUUCUGUCCACGCUAGCCCUGUCCAUGAAAGUUCUCCUCCAUCUAGCCCCAUCAGUGUAAGCCUGAGCCAUACUAGCUGUCCUCAGUCUAGUACCAUCAAUGCGACCUCUGCCCAUAGAAGUUCCCCCAAUUCGAGCCCCUCUCAGUCUAGCUCAAUAUGUGCUAGCCCGUGCCUGGCUAGUACCACACACACAAGCCCUGUGCAUUCUAUUUCGACUCCAGCUAGGCCAACGGCAUCGAGUCCUGUUCACUGCACCGCUGCAGUGCCUAGCCCUAGCACUAGCAGAGACGGAGAAGUUGACGGAAUUACCUCUGUGGACGAACCCAACGGCCAACAGGAAAUCCCCCUUCUGGUUGAAAUCACUCACUCGCAACACUCAAGCCCAACGUUGAGCCCCACACAUUUACCCUUCACACAGACAGGUGCUGAAGCCUCAGUCUGGUCUGACGUCAGCCCUGGGCCUGGAGGAUUGCUUCCAAGCCAACUCAGCCCGAAGCUAGACGAUGUUUCUCAGAUACAAGUACCUCUUGAUGACACCAUAGCUAGGGAGGAGAUGAAGGAGGAGAAACAUGAUGUUGUGGAGGCGCUGGCAGAGAUGGAACCAGAGAUGCAGAAGGCUGAGGAGAGGACAGAACCAGAGGAGGAUAACCAGGGGGAUGAAGGGGAUCUAGGGCAGAUACCGGAGAUGGAGGACAUGGAGAAAGUUCAAAACCAGAGAAUCGAGGAGGAGAAGGAGGCAGUCCCGAUACGAGAGGAGGAGAUUGAGGAGCAAUUUCAAGGGAGCCCACAAGAGGAGCUUCAAACAUCACUACCAGAGGAUGAAAUUGAAGACAUCCAGUUUGCCAACAUCCAGACCAUGGUUUCUCAGUCUCCACCCCGGACUAGUACCUCCUCCCCCCCUCUCCCCAUCAACACCUCCUCCUCCUCCUCCCCUCAGCUCUCUCCCCAGCAAUCCCCAUCCCUAAGCUCCGCCCGGCCUCUCUCCCCGUCCUCCAUCACCUCCUACUCCCCACGUUCCUCUCCUCCCAGAGCUGGUUCUCUGGAGGUCAGCAGCUCUCCCCCCACCUUCUUCCACCGGGCCGCCGUCCCCCUCUCCCCCUCGCCCCUCUCCUCCCCCCAGCCCUCCUCUGCAGCGGCCUCUCCGGCCAUGGCCCCCUCUCCCCCUGGGGACCUCCUCCAGGCGGAGGCGUCCACUGGUCAACAACAGGCAGAACCCGAGGCGGCAGGAGGAGAAUCCCCCCUGCGCUACGAUUUGGCUCUAGACGGGCCAGAGGGCCAAUCGGAAACCUUGGCAUUGCCUGACGAUGUGACAACGGCACGUAGGGAGACGGGAGAUGACGAGGGCGUGCCGGCAGAGUCGCAACGUGCUGAAACCUCCAGACCUCAGUCAACGUUGAUCCACGACGUGGAGGUUGCCAGGCAACAGUCAACGAAGGAGCCCCAUGACGGGGAAGAAGAACCGAAAGAACCGGGAGCAGAUUCCUUCUUUCCGACGGAGGUACGGGGUAGGGAGGAGGACGAGGAUGACAAGAGGAAAGGGAUCAACUUGGACGAGGGCCAAUCAGAGGUGGCUUGUGUAGAGGAGGCGAUAAGAAAGGAACAACAGGUGGCGGAGGAGAUGAAAGGGAUCAUUUUAGAUGAGGGCCAAUCAGCGGUAGAGUGUGUGGCGGAGGAGGUAAGAGAGGAGCAACAGGUGAAGGACAAGAGGACAGGAGAGACUGGGGACGAAGAAGAGGAUGAGGAGGAGGAAGUGGUGGAGGAGGAGGAGGAGGAGGCGUUGUCCCCUAUUGCAGUACGAGGCGAGCAGCCAGUCAGUCCCAUGCUGGAGCUGGACACGGAGGUGCUGGAGCUCAUGAGCUCCUCGUCUCCCCCGGCCUCCCUCCUGCACCCCUCCCACAGCCCCUCUCGCUUCCGCCGGGCCAAGAGCUGGUGCCUCAGACCUCCCCCUUCCUCCAGGCCCUCGGACGACCUCUCUAUCCGCCUGACGAUGUCCCCCUUCUCCACGGAGGCCUCCCCCGACAACUCCCCCACCAGGGACCCGGCCACCCCGCCUCCCCUCUCCCCCUGCUCGCCCCCACUCUCUCCCCACUCGCCGCUGUCCCGGGACGACUCCUCGCCGAGUGUCACAGAGUCGCCGCUGCACAACAAGCAAAUGGUCUCCAGUUCGAGUGUAUCGCUGCUGUCCCCCACCAUCGUCCCCAUCACACUGAAGAUCGGUAUGGGGAAACCCGCCAUCACCAAGAGGAAGUUCUCGCCUGGCCGACCCCGUGUGAAACAGAGUACCUGCUGGAGUAAUCGCAGGGCAGUGAGCCCCCCCUCCUCCUCCCAGGAUUCCACAGGAGAGGGGGGUUGGAGCAGCCCUAAGUCCCGCCCAUCGGAUUCCCCCCUGUGGAGCAUGAAAGUGGGCCGAGGGUCCGGCUUCCCAGGACGGCGGAGAGCCAGAGGAGGAGGAGGCUUCGGGGGAGGGAGAGGAGGUCGAGGAAGGAGCCGACUGAAGACCCAGGAGUACAUCCCUGUGUCGCCAGGCAUCCCUCAUGAGCCGGUCUAUCAGCUGAAGGACGAGGAAGAGAACUCCAUGCACAACACAGUGGUCAUGUUCUCUACUUCUGACCACUUUACGCUCCGACAGGACAUGUGUGUGGUGUGUGGGAGCUUUGGCCAGGGAGCUGAGGGGAGACUAUUAUCUUGUUCCCAGUGUGGACAGUGUUACCAUCCAUUCUGUGUCAACAUCAAGAUCACGCGAGUCAUUCUGACCAAGGGGUGGCGCUGCUUGGAGUGCACGGUGUGUGAGGCGUGCGGGGAUGCCAGCGACCCAGGACGACUGUUGCUAUGCGACGACUGUGACAUCAGCUACCACACCUACUGUCUGGACCCGCCUCUGCACACGGUGCCCAAGGGAGCCUGGAAGUGCAAGUGGUGUGUGUGUUGCGUUCAGUGUGGUGCGACAUCGCCAGGCUUACGCUCUGAUUGGCAGAAGAACUACACCCAGUGUGGUCCCUGUGCCAGCCUGGCCCAGUGCCCCCUGUGCCAGCGAUCCUACAACCACCAUGACCUCAUUCUCCAGUGUCAGCAAUGUGACCGGUGGGUCCACGCUCUUUGCCAGGGGCUGACCAACGACGAAGACGUGGAGUACGCUGCCGACGAAGGCUUUGACUGUACCCUGUGCCGCACUCACAGCCGCACCACCUACGGUAAUACGAUCAGAGCGAGAUCCGACAGUUACGAAGCACCCUAUAUGGCCCAGAUUGUUCCCCGCCACCGAGAUCCUGAAGUGAAGACCUUCACCCAGGACGGCGUGCGGCUCACCGAGUCCGGUCUGACCCAGCUCCAGUCUUUAGUGGAGCCGCUCACGUCGCCGCGACGAUACCGCAGGUCCAAGCCUAAGCUGAAGCUGCGGAUCAUCAACCAGAACCGGGUGUCUGUGCUCCAGACCCCCCCUGACCCCGAUGCCCAGGGCGACCUGAGCCGGGACGGCGACCGCGAUGACUGCAGAGGUGGGCUGGAGUGUGAGAUGAAGUCAGACUCCAGCCCGGAGCGGGAACACGGCCAUGACGACGACGUCAACAAGGACAUGGAGGUUACCGACGGCAACAAGAAGAGGAAGAGGAAACCUUACCGGCCCGGUAUCGGUGGCUUCAUGGUGCGUCAGAGAGGGGGGAAGGCCGGGCCAGGCGGAGCUAGACGAUGUCUGGGCAGGAAAGACUCCAGUGGCUCCUUCAUGGAGACCAAAGAGGAGGCUUGUGCUGAGAUGGAGGGACAGACGGCGCCCCCUGCUGACCAGGUGGAGAAGGUUAGGAAGAGAUACCGCAAGAAGAAGAGCCAACUGGAAGAAGCAUUCCCAUCGUACCUUCAGGAAGCCUUUUUUGGGCGGGACUUGCUGGACAAGAGCAAGCAGCAGGACAGCGCCGUAGCCGCUAGUCAUGACCAAUCCAAAGCAGAGACCAAAGUCCCCGCCCCUACGUCGCUGGACCACUCCCCUGCCAACGCAUCGACGAGCGCCAUGACAACCAUUCCGGGCAGGAAGCAGGUGCCUCUGUCCAUGUCAAAGGAUGUUCUUGUGGAUCUUUGUGGUGUCCUCAACACUGACGCCCACAUACUGGCCACUGGACACACAGGUCUCGAUAUUUGCCACUUCCAGGGGGCUCGUUCCCCCUCGCCCUUUGCCGGCCUUGACAUCGGCCCCCUGACGGACGACUCCUCGUUGACCCCUGACCAGGCAGGAGGUAGUGGGCGGGGCCACAGAGUGGGACAGGACGAGCACCUGGACGCCAUCCUCAGCCCAGAGCUGGACAAGAUGGUGUCAGACGGUGCCAUGCUCAGCAGGCUAUACAGAAUCCCAGAGCUGGAGGGUAAGGACGUAGAGGACCUGUUCACCGCGGUCCUCAGUCCCAGUAGCAGCACAUCCACCAGCAUCAGUACCAGCAUCAGCAGUACGAGCCAACUGGACCACAGCCACCACGGCCCUAUGGGAGCCAAGGCCCUGCCUCACCCCACAGCAGGAAGGAUGAUUCCUCGUCUUCCAGUGAUGAACGGCCUCGCUGGAGCUGGGUCUCACUUUCCUACAACUCCCAUAAUGCCGAGCCUGUCUGGAGCCCAGGGCCAAGCCAACUUCAGGAUGCCCCUCCUUGACAAUAACAGGGACAGGAAGACGAGCCAGCUGGGUGGUGACGUGAGUGGCCCCUGGGGCCCAGCUCAGGGUCAGGCGGGCCCUUCCCCAAGCAGUUCCCCUGCGGCCGAAGCAGAGCAUGAUGGGAUGUCGACGGCGCAGAAGAGCACUCUGAAGUGGGAGAAGGAGGAGGUUCUCGGGGAGAUGGCGACCGUCGCCCCGGUGCUGUACAGCAACAUCAACUACCCCGACCUGAAGGAGCAGCAUCCAGACUGGUCUACGAGAGUGAAGCAGAUUGCUAAGCUUUGGAGAAAAGCCAGCUCCCAGGACAGAGCCCCCUAUGUUCAAAAAGCCCGGGACAACCGCGCUGCCCAGCGCAUAAACAAGGUCCAACUGUCCAAUGACUCUCUCAAGCGUCAGCACGUUCAGCAGCAUCAGCAACAGCAUCAGCAGCAGCAGCAGCAUCAGCAACAGCAGCAUCAGCCGCAGCCGCAGCCGCAGCAUCAUCAGCAGCAGCAGCCAGUGGUCCAUGAUCCCUAUGACCCUGUUUCUAUGGACAACGAGAUGGGGUUCAAAGACCCGCUCAGGCCCAGAGAGUCUGAACAGGAACAGGAAUGGAAGCUCCGACAGGGAGAGGUUAAUGACACUUGGGGAGCCGGUAUGAAGAGGCAGGAAAAUCUCAUCAAAACCAAAGCCCUAAAAUCACCAACAGAUAAAGAUUGUCCCUACCAGGCAUCUGUAGCAGGAAGUGGCAAAGAGGCUCUGCAAAUGCGCCAGCAGAGCAAACAGCAGGCCAAGAUCGAAGCCACCCAAAAACUGGAACAAGUCAAGAACGAGCAGCUUCAACAGCAGCGGCAGCAACAGCAACAGCUCCUGGGCGGCCAGCCCCUCAGCCGCGGGGUGUCUCCAGAGGCCGGCAGCCGGAGCCCCAUGAUGAGCCCUCAGCAGUCGCCCCUCCAGCACAUGGGCUUCAAGGAGAUCCGGACGCCGCACCUCCAGGGCAGCCAGGGCCCGGCGCUGGCCGACGACGUCUUCCUCCGGCCGCAGGCCCCGCCCCCCACGGGGCUCUCCCAGAGCCACCCGUCCUCCCCUCACCCCGCCUCCCCCCAGAUGUUCUCCCCUUCCUCGCGGCCCUCCUCCCCCUGGGACCCGUACGCCAAGGUGGUGGGCACGCCGCGCCCCGCCUCCGCCCAGCAAGGGGGUCCGCAGACGGCCCAGCACCAGCGGCCGAACUCCCUGGGCGCCUCGCCGGCCCACGACUCCUUCGGCUGUCCCUCCCCGGACGCCAAGACCAUGGGGCCUCAGCAAGGUUCCCCCAGGAACCCUGAGCUGCAGCAGGGCAGGAUGAUGAGCCCGGCGUCCGGCUCCAACCCAGACCUCUCCGGGAGGCAGACCUAUCAGCGGGCGCCGCACAACAGCAGCAACAGCAACCGCAUGGCUGAGAUGGGCCCGGGGGGGCUGUUCAAGACCCCAAUGCCCCCCCACCACCAGACGCAGCAGGAGGCCUACGGGGUGUCUGUAGGCGGAGGCAUGGGCGUAGGCCGGAGGGACUCGUUCGACCGCUCCUCCCUCCCCCCUCAGAGACCCACCGAGCUGGGCUUUGCCUCGCCCCAGGACCCCAUGUUCCCCUCCAGCCCCCUGUCGGGCCUGGGCUCCCCUCACCGCAGCCCUUACUCCCAGGCCCCAGGGACCCCCCGGCCGGACUACAGCCAGGUCCCGGAGCCCUUCGCUCAGCAGUCCGCCCUGAGCUCCGCAGCCUCCCCGGACCCCUACUCAAACGCCCCCGGCACGCCCCGACCCCACUCGGACGCGUCCUACCUGGCCAACCCGGCCGGGCUGAGGCUGGACCAGUUCGGCCAGCAGGCGGCCGGUCGCAGGCAGUCCCCCUCCCAGCCGGCCCUGGACCCGUACGGCUCCAUGCCGGGGACGCCCCGCAGCUACCCGCGGUCCCCCGGCAGCCAGAGGAGCGCCGACCCGUUCGGCCAGGGCGCGGGCGGGAGCCGACCCUCUCCCGACCCCUACGGCCAGCAGCCCUCCACCCCGCGGCCACAGAUGGCCCCCGGGACGCCCGGGGGCUCGGUGAUGUCCCCGAUGUCUCAGAGCCACCCGGGGGACGCCGGCGCCUUCCCUCAUGGCCACCAACAGCUGCAGCAGUCGCCCGGGAGGCUUCAGCAGCAGGACUUGUUCCCCAGAGCCCCGGGCUCUCAGACACCCAAGCACCCAGGGAUGUCGGACGACGGCGGGUUCUCCACCAUGUCCCGCCGGACGCCAGGGCACGACCCCUUCGAGCAAGGCCACAUGGCAUCGGGGCCUUCACAGAUGGAAAAGACGGGCGCCAAUGAGAUGGCGUCGCUGGGCGGGAAACCCUUGGAGGGACCAAUCAGCAUAGUUCCUCAGCUAGGUGACUCCGAGGAGAAACUAAGACAGCGCCAGAGGCUUCGCCAGCUAAUCCUGAGGCAGCAGCAGCAGAAGACGGCCCUCCGGCAGGAGAAGGGGCUUCAGGAACAGGCCUCGGGACCCGCCAGGCCCCCCGCUGCUCCCCCCGCCUCCCCCCAAGGUCCCACCGGACCUGGUCAGACCACCCCUCGCCACUGGUCCCAAGAGGACCAGUCGGUGCUGGCGGCGAUGCAGCCGGACCUGUUCGGCCGCCCUCCUCCCCCCUACCCCGGUACGGGCCGGGCCGGACCCCAGGCCAUCAGGGCCCCCGGGCCCUUCCCCACUAACGAGGGCCCCUACCUUCGGCAGCCUGUUAGGAUGGGUGCCACUGCCAACAUGCCCAACAUGGCUAACAUGGGGCUCCGGCCCCAGAACAUGAGAUUUGGCUUCCCAGGGGUUCAAGGGGAGCCCUUUCUGCGCGCCGCCCAGCAGACGCUGCCCGGCGCUGCUCAGAUCCCCCCUGAAGGCCUGCCGGGGCAGAUCAGACGACCCAUGCCCGGAGACUUCUCCGGCAUCCGACCCAUCACCGCACCGGCAAACCAGCCGCGGCCCCUGAUGAUGACCGCAGGGGUUCCCCAGCCCUUCCUGUCCCACGCCCUGCCUCUGCAGCAGCACAGCAUCAUGGGCCAGCCCUUCAUCGAGCUGAGGCACCGGGCUCCAGACAGCCGUGUCAGGCUGCCCUACCCGAUGGGCGGCCCCAUGGAGCAGCAACAGCAGAACCCCCACAGCCAGCAGGGUGUCCAGGCGGCAAUGUCUGGCAUGGACCUGCUGUACCAACACCAGGGCCUUGUGGCCCACCAGCACCAGCAUCAGCCCCCGCUCGGUCACCACGGCAACAUGUCUCAGGGCGGCGACACGGGGCUGCCGGGCGGUGACGGGAUGGAGGAGCACCUAGAGGGAGAGGACUCGGCGGUGAAGGACUUGGAAGACGUGGAGGUCAAAGACCUGGUGGACCUCAACCUGAACCUAGACCCAGAGGACGGAAAAGAGGAGCUGGAUCUGGGGCCCAACGACCUCCACCUGGACGACUUCCUGCUCUCCGGGAAGUUUGACCUCAUCGCCUACGCCGACCCGGAGCUGAACCUGGAGGACAAGAAGGACAUGUUCAACGAGGACCUGGACCUGAGCGACCCCGCGGAGGAGACCCACAGCAGGGCGCUCAAGGGGAAGAACGAGGAGGUCGCGGAGGACGACGGGGCGGGGGUCUCCAGGCAGCCAGAGGUCCAGGGCUACAGCCCGGGCCAGGUCAAACAGGAGGUCUCCGAGCUCCAGGUGACCAACACGCGGCAGGACAACAUCAAGAUGGAGAGCGGCAGGGACUGCCUGUCCCUCCACAACCCCCUCGCUGCCAUGACGUCCAGCAGAGCCCAGGGCAGUGAGCCUGCAGGCCUGUACCAGGGCUCCUCUCAGCCUGGCUCCUCCAUGGCCCACUGCAAGAAGUUGGAAGGGCCUGGUUCUCAGCAGACCGGAGCCGUACUAGGGGGUGGACCUGGUGUCCAAGGCCAGGAACAUGCAGGGUCCGGGAUCCCCGUUCCUUACGGAAUCCCCCCCGCGCCAGCAGGACAACCAUCUGUCUACCAGCAGCAGCAGAGGGGCUUUAUGCCCCACCCCGCUCCCCCCCACCUACUGCUCCCUCCUCAGACCCUGCCUCCUCAGGCGGGGAUGCCGCCACAACCCCAGCCCCAGGUUCCAAAUCAGGCCCUGUUCAGUGCUCAGCAGCAGGGCCCCCUGUCCCAGGGCCCGCCCCCCCUGUCCCAGGGCCACAGGCCCCUCCUCCUGGGGGAGCAGCCUCUGCUCCUGCAGGACCUGCUGGACCAGGAGAGACACGAGCAGCAGCAGCAGAGACAGAUGCAGACUAUGAUCCGCCAGAGGCCCACCUGUGAAACACUGCCGCCUAGCCUGGAAUUUGACUCCAUCUCAGACCCCAUCAUGAAGGCUAAGAUGGUGGCUCUGCAGGGUAUCAACAAGGUCAUGAGUCAGAGCAGUCUGGGCCUCAACCCCAUGGCCAUCAACAGAUUCCAACAGGACCCGGGGUCCCAGCCGCCUGCACGGCCGUCUCAACCUCCACAGAUAUUGGGACAGGAUGGUAAACUCACGCCUCAGUUGGCCCGGCCUACGCCUCCCAGUUUCGCCCCUGGGUUUGUCAACGAGGCAGAGCGCCGGCAGUACGAGGAGUGGCUGGAGGAGACCCAGCACCUCCUGCAGAUGCAGCAGGGCUACCUGGAGCAGCAGAUCGCCGGCCACCGCAAGGCCAAGAGGGCCAUGUCCGCCAAGCAGCGCAGCGCCAAGAAGGCCGGCCGGCCCGUCACCGAGGACGAGCUCACCCAGCUCCGAGGCAUCACCCAGCAGCAGGCGGCGGUGCAGAAACAGCUGGAGCAGAUCCGAAAGCAGCAGAAAGAUCACGCCGAGUUGAUCGACGAAUACAAAACCAAACAGCAGCAACAAAGAGUGUUACAGCAGCAUCAACAGCAACAGCAGCAGCAGCAUCAACAACAGCAGCAGCAAUUGCAGCAGCAACAGCAGCAGCAACUGCAGCAGCAUCAGCAACAGCAUCAGCAACAGCAACAACUGCAGCAGCAACAGCAGCAACAAUUGCAGCAACAACAAUUGCAGCAGCAGCAGCAUCAACAAUUGCAGCAGCAACAACAGCAGCAGCAACAACAGCAUCAACUUCAGCAGCAGCAACAACAACUGCAGCAGCAGCAGCAACAACAACAACAACAACAUCAACAGCAGCAGCUGCAGCUACAACAGCAGCAGCAGCCUGCUAUGAUUCCACCUGCGGCGCCCACUGUUGGCCAGCCCAUCCUGGGCCAGCCCUUGAUGCCCAUGCAGGCCCACCAGGGGACACCCACCCAACGACCGACAAUGCAAAGCCCACCUGCGGCUUGGAACGCCGCAGCCGUGCGGCCAUGCGUACCCAUCGGCCAAAGGAUGCCCGGCCAGAUGCCUCCAGCGGUGGCCAACGCCCCCCAGCCACAUGGCCCGCCGGCCCAGGGCAUGACCCCCGGCAUGGGGACUCCAUCUGGGGCGAGCUUUCCCCCAGCAUCACCCCAAGCCCCCCAGGCUGCCGGAGGAUCCCCUGGAGCGGCGGGUCCAAACGGAGCCGCAGCCCGACAGGUAAACUUUGACGACAACAACCCGUUCAGUGAAGGUUUCCAGGAGAGAGAGAGGAGAGAGAGACUCCGAGAACAGCAGGAGAGACAGAGGGUCCAGCUCAUGCAAGAGGUGGAGCGUCAUCGGGCCAUGCAGCAGAGACUGGUGCUGGAGCAGCAGAGCCUGCUUGGGGCCACUAUGGGGCCCGGGGCCACUAUGGGGCCCGGCCCCUCACUGAGCUCUGUGGUUCGCCACGGGCCUCCUCCCGGGCCUGCGUCUGGAGUUGGUGGUCAAGCUGGCCCAGGGGUUCCCCCCGGUGGGGAGAGCCUCUCCCAGAUGCCCUUCUUCAGCUCGGAGCUACCGCAGGACUUCCUUCAGUCCCCUCCGGGCUCCGCGGCCCCCCAGCAGCAGGAGGUCCCCCUCCAGCAGGGCUACGGCGCGCCCCCAGGCCAGAGCCCGAUGCCACUCCGGCCCCAAGUCGGCCAUGGAAACACAGACAUGACGAGACCCCUCCUCCAGACCCGACCCAGACACCCUGGCCCCGCCGGCCCCGCGGCCCAAGGACAGGUGCGUCCGCCUGGGCUAGGAGGAGCAGGGAUGGCCGGGCCCCAGCCCGAUCUCCAUCGCCACCCCUUCAGCCAGGAGGCCUCCGCCUCCCUCAUGCAGCUCUACUCUGACAUCCUCCCGGAGGAGAAACAGAAGAAGAAGAGGAACAGGAAGAGGGACGGAGAUGACGCCACCGGGGCCAGGACCCCGCUGUCGUCCUACUCCGACGACGUCACCGCUCCCACCACCCCGGCCGUCUCGGACACCUCCUGCUCCACCCCGACCCGGGGCAACAUGGAGCAGGCCGAUUUCUUCAUGCACCAGAGCUCUGGCCUGGCCUCCUCCACGGAGCUGGAGAGGCAGCUGGCCGGAGCCGCUCUGGCAGUCAAGGAGGAACACGUGGAAGGCGCAGUAUGUGGAGGAGGCGUGCUGAAGAGAGAGAACGGAGGACAGAUGACCUCCUCUCCUCUACACGGAGGGGCGGCCGGCGACGCAGGGAAGGAGCUUCUGAGACACCUCCUGAAGGACAAGGCCUCGGCUGCCGCCCAGGCCCCGCCCACAUGCCGCCAGCUGUCCAAUGACAGCCUGCGGUCUGAGGAAGAGGAGGGCCCAGCCGGGCCUGGGUCACAUAACAGCCUGGUGCUGGAGGGCGGUGGCACCGCUGAGCUGAUGGAGAGCCUGAAGAGAAAGCAGCAGCAGCAGCAACAGCAGCGCUGUAAGAGGCCGGGCAAGAUGGAGAAGGAGAAGGUUCCCCUGAAGAAGAGGAGGAAGAAGGAGGAAGAGGAGGGCGUGCUAUACUCCUCGAACACGGACACACUGAUGACUCAAGUCAAACAGCAGCUCUCCCUCCUCCCUCUGAUGGAGCCGGUGAUGGGGGUGAACGUGUCUCUGUUCCCCCCGUUCGGCAGCUCCAACCUGGACCGGGACAGCCGGCUCACGGGCUCCUUCGGCAGCGCGUCCCUGGACGGGGUGACGGACUACUACUCUCAGCUCAUCUACAAGCAGAACAACCUCAGUAACCCGCCGACCCCCCCGGCCUCCCUGCCUCCCACCCCUCCGCCGGUGGCUCGCCACAAGCUGGCCAACGGCUUCGCCACCACCGACGAGCUGGUCAGGACCAAGGCAGCACUCAGAGAGCAGGAGGCGAAAGGAUUGUCAGCGGUGAAGCAGAAAGGGGAGGAGCUUCUCAGCCUUAACCACGCCUCUAAGACCGUGGACGUGCCCGCCUCCCUGCCGACGCCCCCCCACACCAACCAGGAGGAGCUCAGGGUCCAGGAGCUGAGCGCGGGCCGAGACAAGAACAGGGACAGUCCCGAGGGCUACGUCCCGUCCUCCUCUCCCGAGUGCGAGACGGACAUGGAGGUCAGCCGCUACCCGGACCUCUCCCACGUCAAGCUGGAGCAGCCUUCUCCCUGCGCCUCGCCUACAAUACCCAUCAUGCCCUGCGCCUGGGGGAAAGGCUCGGCGAUAAAGCAGGAGAUCAAGGCUGAGCCAAGCCAGUUGGGACCGCCCUCGUGUUCAAACACUGGUCUGGUGUCCAUCGGUAUAACGCUGAACUCCAUCGCGGCUCAGAACAUCCCUCGCUUCAUGUUGGCCAUCGCUGAACUGCUGCGUGUGCCGGUGCCCCCGAGCUACCAGGUGGCCCAGCUGCCCCCGGGGCCCAUGGCCAGGCCCCCGGUGGGGCCCGACCGCAGCUCCCUGGCCAUGCUGGCCAACGUCAGAGUCCCCAUGCCACACGGGUCACAGGCCAUCAGACAUCCAUUGAUGGGCCCCCACCAGGCGGGAAACCGAAUGAUCAGACCCCCCGGGGCCCCGACUACCAGCCCUUCAGGCGUCAGAAUGGACUACAGCCAACAUGGCGGAGCCAAGCCCCAUGGUUGCACUCACUGCAAGGCACCACUGCUGGGAAAUGUAGUCCACAUGACCACCAAGAACCUCAAACAGGAGGGCCAGUCCAGAGCAGCCACCACCCUGCCGUUCUGUAGCACCAACUGCUCGGCGCUCUACUCGUCUGGUCUGCAGAGCAAACAGGCUGACGUCAAGCCGGCGGCUCCUCCCCCCUCGCUCCCCGUGGAGAGCAGGGGAGCCUCUCCUCCCAGUAAGACCCAGCAGCACCAGUACACCAGCAACAUGUCCUCCAUCGCCGUCCACUGCCUCCCGCUGUCCUCCUCCUCCUCCUCCUCCGGCCCCGCGCCCCCCUCCUCCCCUCCCCUCUCCUUCCCCCCGGCCUCCGCCCUCACCUCGGACAGCGCCGCCAAGACGGACAGCCUCAAGGUGACGGUGAAGCUGAAGCCCCGCCCACGCGCCGUCCCGGGCGGCGGAGGCGAGGACUCGUCGUCCUCGUCCUCGUCCUCGUCCCGCCACGGCGUGAAGCGUCUGAAGCCCUCUCGCUGGUGUCGCUGGAGCCUGCGCAUCACGCUGCCCCGCGGCGGGGGGCAGGCCACCCCCCUGCCCAGCGAGGAGGAGGUGGACCUGCUGCUCAGGAAGCUGGGCGUGUGUCUGCGGCCCGACCCGCUGCCCCGGGACCAGCGCCGCUGCUGCUUCUGUCGCCAGCUGGGCGACGGGCUGACGGACGGGCCGGCCCGCCUCCUCAACCUGGACCUGGACCUCUGGGUCCACCUGAACUGUGCGCUGUGGUCCAGCGAGGUGUACGAGACCCAGGCUGGGGCCCUGAUCAACGUGGAGCUGGCCCUGCGGCGGGGGCUGGCUCUGCGCUGCGCCCACUGCCAGCAGACCGGGGCCACCAGCGGCUGCAACCGCCUGCGCUGCUCCAACACCUACCACUUCACCUGCGCCCUGCUGGCCAGCUGCACCUUCUUCAAGGAUAAGACCAUGCUGUGCCACCUCCACAAGCCCCGGUCGGGGCUGCCCCCGGGGGGCGGGGCCGACGCCCCCAGGCCCUCCACCAGCGGCGCCUCGCCCAGCUCCUCCUGCUCGCCGCGCUCCCCCCCGGGGGGCGGGCCCGGCGCCGAGGACCCCUACGACUCUGAGCUGCGCUGCUUCGCCGUGGCGCGGCGCGUCUACGUGCAGCGGGACGAGGCGCGGCAGAUCGCCGCCAUCGUGCAGCGCGGCGACCGCCAGCACACCUUCCGCGUGGGCAGCCUGGUGUUCCGGGCGGUGGGCCGCCUGCUGCCCCAGCAGAUGGCCGCCUUCCACAACCACGGGGCCAUCUUCCCCGUGGGCUACCAGGCCCACCGCCUCUACUGGAGCAUGCGCCACAGCAACCGGCGGUGUAAGUACAUGUGCUCCAUCGAGGAGCUGGAGGGCGAGCCCCUCUUCAAGCUGAAGGUGGUGGAGAAGGGCUACGAAGACCUCAUCCUGACCGGACCCACCCCCAAAGUGGUGUGGGACCGCGUCCUGGAGCCGGUGUCGGGGCUGCGGACCGCCAGCGGGACCCUCAAGCUGUUCCCCGCCUACCUGAAGGGGGAGGACCUGUUUGGGCUCAGCACCUCGGCGGUCACCCGCAUCGUGGAGUCGCUGCCCGGCGUUGAGGCGUGUGACCGCUACACCUUCCGCUACGGACGCAACCCCCUGAUGGAGUGGCCCCUGGCCUUCAACCCGUCCGGCUCCGCCCGCUCGGAGCCCAAAGCCUGCCAGACCAAGAGGCCCACCCUGCUGACCAGCAUCGCCCCACGCUGCCAGGGCUCGGUGGGGGCCAUCGUGGGCCUGGUGCCCGGCGUCAUCUCCCUGUCCCCCGGGGAGGCGGUGGCCGGGGCCCCCCAGGGCCGCCACUCCAAGUCGGCCCAGUACCGCCGCAUGACCGCCGAGUGGAAGACCAACGUUUACCUGGCCCGCUCACGCAUCCAGGGUCUUGGUCUGUACGCGGCCAGAGACAUAGAGAAGUGCACCAUGGUCAUCGAGUACAUCGGAACCAUCAUCCGGAGUGAAGUGGCCAACCGCAAGGAGAGGCUGUACGAAGCUCAGAACCGUGGCGUGUACAUGUUCCGGAUCGACAACGAUUACGUCAUCGACGCCACCAUCACCGGAGGACCUGCGCGGUACGUCAACCACUCCUGCUCUCCCAACUGCAUCACGGAGGUGGUGACCGUGGAGCGAGAGAACAAGAUCAUCAUCAGCUCCUGCAGACGCAUCCAGAGAGGAGAGGAGCUCUCUUACGACUACAAGUUUGACCUGGAGGACGAUCAACACAAGAUCCCCUGUCACUGUGGAACGCUCAACUGUCGCAAAUGGAUGAACUGACGCUCACCUUGACACACACUUACACACUCACUCCCAGGUGCCCGCCUGCUCUGAGUGUGGUUGGCAGCUCUCUUCGUCUUGGUGCUGUGUUCAGCGGAGAAUCCCGUCUUUGACCAUCACAUAAACAACGAUUAACAAAUCCUAUAUUCAUGUAGACUGUUUUUCUUUUCACUGGCGGCAUUUAGUCUUUUCCAUGAUUGGCUGUUUUUUUUUUUUGGUUUAUGUCGAGUCCUACAGUGUCGGGUGAGUGCAGUGGUCAGAGGUCACCUGAUCGGUGGUGGGUUCACUGAUUGGCUACUGCCUCACGUCCCGUCUUCAAGGGGCUGGUCCUCUUUGAAAGGAAAAGAGGAAUAUUAUCUGUGUACAUACAUUGUCGCCGCCGUGGCGGUUGGACACAUGCUUUAGCGCAACACGCAGCUUAACUCCAGAAUGUACGCCCUUCUAGUUCCUGAAAGGGAGGAUUAUUAACUUGCACUAAUAACUGGAGACAAAUUCCCGUCGAAGAAAUACUUGAUUCCAUGAGUCAGUUUUUGGUUUCCCCCCCGUCUCGCUUAGUUCUCCCUCCCUCUCUUUUUUUAAUUUUGUGUAAAAUAAGAGAUCUUUUGUAUUUAUUACUGAAUGAAGCUAUUUUCUAAACUGCAGGAGGUUUGGUGGCUAGAAUUAUGUAAAUAUCUGUAUCGAAACGAGACGAGAAAUCCGUGUAGAGAAUCAUGACCAAGAGCUACCUUGACCACAUCAUCAUCUUCACCUUCAUCAUGGUUGUCUGGAAGCUGUAUCUGUUAGACCAGGCAGGGUGGUAUAUUAUGUAAAUGUGUACAGAAUGUUUAUAGAACAGAGUAUUUUUGUUCCAUUUUACCUUUUUUGUUUAAAGGCAAAAGAAAACAAAUUGACCACAUGAAAUAAUUUUGAAUUUAAGAGUUUUGAAGUGUUCUUUGAAAACAUUUUUUCCUGGCUUCCCGAAGGUCCGCCUCUUCCUGCCUGGCUGCCUUGUCAAUCAAAACCCCCCUUUUUUUGACAGAAGGCCUCGCUUAUGUUCCUAAUAACAUUUCUGGAAAUGACAACCCAGCUACAUACUUGCAAAUAUGCGUCUGUUCAUUUUAAUUGUUGAAACUUUGUGUGCGUGUGUGUGUGUGUGUGUGUGUGGCCCAUGUUUUUUGAAAUCAGAGCUUUUGAAUCUGAUAGAAGCUUCUUAACUUGCCGUUUGUGGCCUGGAAUAAAACUGGUAGUAUCAGUUCUUUUUUUUUUUAUAUGUAUUUUUGGUUUGGUGCACAUAAAGAGCUGUGGACUGUCCAAGUGGCUGUUGUAAUAUCUAGAUCCACACACAGCAUGUCCCUGUCUGCCCCACAGCCACAGUGUAUAUACUCACUCCCACCUCUCUACCCCCUGUAGUCGUUGUACAUUUCCCACCCUAACAAGCCACUGAUCCCAGUCCUGAUGUGUACAGUCGUAGAAUCUAUUGAUGGACACAUGAAGCCUUUUGAAGAAAAUGUGACCUAAUAAUUAUGUAUCUUUAUGUUUUUGGGAAAAAAAAGUUGUGAAUUUAGGAUCAUUUACAAAAAAUAAAAAUAUUUUACAUCUUGA